AUGUUUGGAUCUGUUAUUGGGUCCACGGGAUGGGAUCAGAUACUGAGGUCGCAGAUGGAAGCAGAAGUCACCGGCAGAGCUUUGAAGAACGGCAGGAAACCUUCUAGACUCAUGUGCAGACCUGUUAACGGCUCCCGUUGCCGAAUGGAAAGUUCAGACAAUCCUCCUCCGAAGGUAUGGAGGACACAGGAAAGCCGAACGCACGUGAGCGCCGAUUCCACGAGGACGUUGUUGCAACAGCCGGUGACGAGGGCCUAUAAGCGUGGAACCCUAACCUGGUCAUCACAUGCAGAUCCUAAGUUUAAGACCAAGAAGGUUUACCUCAAUCUGCAGCACCCAAUGCCACAAAUGGGAGAAUGUCAUCACCCUUUAUUAUCCAGAUAUUGUGUCCAGACCUGCAAAAUCCUCAAAGGCUUCAUUCAAAAUAUAACAUCAGGAAUGCAUCUGUCGGGGAGAAAGACUUUCCUGUCCCUUUUAGGUCCUAGGUGGACUAAGAAUCAAAUUGACAGGAGACAGGAAUUUCUCUCUCACAGUUUGAAGGCUGGCAGUCCACGAUCAAGGCGCUGGCAGAUUCAGUGUCUGGACAGUGAUACAAGAAGUUUGCUGUGGGAGUUUCUCACAAUUGGAACUUCUUCAUGGAGCUAGAAGCUACCAUUCACAUAGUGGUUACAACAUGUGGCAACUCAUAGGUGCUUCGAGACUCUUUUAGCAGAGUAUUUCAUCGAAAAUACAAAAGGACCCACAUAGGUUAUUCAUGUACCAAGAAAAAAAAGACCCGUAUACACAUGAUAAAAAUUACUA